UAGAGAUUGGAUUUGAUCGUGAGCGCAUUGUGAUGCUUCCCUUGAUAGCUAAGGGUCAUCUCAUACCAUUCUUGGCACUCGCAAAGCAAAUCCCAACAGGCCAUGCUCCUUCCAGCCACGGCCAAUUGGAGAAGGAGGAUCUCCGUCUUCGCCUAAAACCCGGUUAUAUAUCAAGCCAUGCUCCUCCAAUUUGUCAACAAAUUCUGGGUACCUCUCUUUCAUCCUUUCGUACACAAUGUGGCUCAGAACAAUGGGAGUUUCUCCCCCACUUCCAGGCUCCACUUCACAGAAGAAUACCCUUUGAGAGAAUUUCUUCUGAGGGACGGGUCAGCGGCCCACAACUAGCAGCACCGAUAUUGUUCCCAUCUUGUCUUCAAGAACCCGUAGGGGGGAGGCUUGCACUGAUAGGAAGCACUCCCAUCUGGAAAGAAGCUGAAAGCGUUGUUCGAACAGGCAAGCGUCCUGGUGAGAAUACCUUAAAGAGGGAGUUAUGGACAAAGUUUGAAGCAGCUUCUUCAAAUGAGCUUCUGUUUAAUGACUUUGUAACUCAUAAAGGCUUUCUUGAUCGAUUGGAUGAGGUUUCUUGAGAUGGAGAUUACCAAAUGGCUUUUGAAUAAAUAGUUUCAUGAUCUUAAAUUCUGAUUUGUACUAGGUGGUUCAUUUGUAUCUUUCCAAAGUAUAAGGAGCUUUGCACAUGUAAUUUUGUAUCCCUACAAGGCUACAACAUCGAACCACCCUCCCCUUUCUUCAA